CUUCAAGGAAAUGAUGUCAAAAAAACGUGACAACUUGUCAAACAGGUCGGUACACAUGUUGGACUCUGAUGAUAUAUAAACUCACAUUUUUGGCAGCAGACGCAGAGAAGAAAACUUCCAUCAGCAAACUCACCGAAGAAAACUCUUUAAGAACGUGAAGGUGUUGACAUGAAGUUGGGGCUGCUGGUGGUGUUGGCUGUGGCGGUUCUGGUGCCCAGCCUGUCUGAGAGCCGGACCGUCUCCAGAUGCGAGCUGAGAGAAAAGCUGGGGGAGGCGCUCAUCCUCUCCAAAAGACUUGAGAGGUUCAGGGAAAGAAUCCUGGCCAUUGUUAUCUGUCAGGUGGAACGGCGCUCCCGUCUGAACACCGCCCUGGUCAGGGUGUUUGGCAAACGCAGAACCACAACAGCCAAGCCAACAACGGUGGUCACAGAUCCCACAACACCAAGAGUGACUGAAACGACCCAUGAACCAACAACCACUGUAUCAGUGACAACCAUACCAACAACCCAAGAACCAACAACCCAAGAACCAACAACCCCACAACCAACAACCCAAGAACCAACCACCCAAGAACCAACAACCCAAGAACCAACCACCCAAGAACCAACAACCCCACAACCAACAACCCAAGAACCAACAACCCAAGAACCAACCACUGAAGCAACAACCACUGUUUCAGUGACUACCGUACCAAGGACCAAUACAACCAGGAGCAUGAGACGGAAGCGAGAGGCUGAUGUGUCAGAAGAGGACAUGAGCUUUGAGGAAAUGCUGGAAGAGGAAGAAAACAAGUUUGAUGAGGAGGAGAUGGAGAACGAUAACAACAAGAUGGAAGACGAAGACGAAGAUGAAGACGAAGUGAGCAACGAGGUGGAGAGCGAUGAGCAGGAGGAAGACGGGAAACGUAACAAACGAUCUGCGCGCCGCUGGAAGCCCAAAAAGAAGUUGAGGCCUUGGUCCCUUGGAUUUUAUGGGCUCUUCCAGCUGUCUGACAGCUACUUCUGUAAUUCCGGUUAUCGCUGGUCCAAAAACGCGUGCGGUACAAGCUGCGAUGUCUUCACCGACGACGACAUAACCGAUGACGUUGAAUGCUUUAUGAAGACCAAUUACUUUUGGGCCAUAAUUCGCAACACCCCUCGCAAGUGUCUCCGCACCGCGAAAUUCUUUGCCAAAUGUGAAUGAGCAGCAGGAUGUAACGCCAACAACGACGUCUUCAUCUUCAUCAACAUCACCUCCAAUGUGACCUUUCAACCACAGUUCUCUCCCAAACAUUUGUUCUUUUAGUUAAGCUAAGCUAUUUUGUUGCGUUUUUGGUUUGUGGGUGUUCUUUUGUUUUUCCUCCAAAAAACACCAGAACCUGAAGUUAAAACUGGAAGUGUAUGUCAGUACUUUAAAUAGUUUUGGUGAUUGACUGGAAUUUUGUUAAUUUCCUGAUAAGAAGUCUUGUAUCUUCUGCAAUCUGUAAUCCUUCAAUAAACAUGUUUCCUGUG